AUGGCUCCUUCAAGAUGGAUCAGGCCCGAGGUGUAUCCCUUAUUCGCUUCUGUGGGAGUUGCAGUUGGUAUUUGCGUAAUGCAGCUCGUGAGGAACAUCUCCACAAACCCUGAAGUCAGGGUGACAAAGCAGAAUAGGAUUGCUGGUGUGCUUGAUAACUUCGCAGAAGGAGAAAAGUACGCAGAACACGGCCUGAGGAAGUUUGUGCGCAACAAAACUCCUCAGAUCAUGCCCUCUAUCAACGGUUUCUUCUCUGACCCCAAGUAUUGA